CUGUCAAGGGACCAUGCUAAGACGUCAGCUACUGCCACUACAGAGAAGAUGGAAAAUGUGUCUGACCCUAUGUAGCCCAGGUGCUCUGUCCAGCCUCUUCAUGCACACCCACAAAAAUAGCAAAGCCUGGGGGAAAGACUGGAGGAACUAACCACCCAGACAGCUGGUGAUGGUGGAACUGAGCUCAGCCUUUGCUGAGCCCAUCUCUUCCUGCACAAGGCUGGGACUGGCUUAUGCAAAAGUCUUUUGCUCCUGACUGGACAUCCCAUGGGCAAAAGGCUGUCUGCCCGUGCUGGACCUGUGACUGCGGAGAUCCUCAUCCUCUUCGCAGGGCUAUGUGCUUCAGGUCCUGCCCAAGUAAGACUCGUAAAUGGCCCUGAUUCUUGUACGGGUCGGCUGGAGGUGUUUUACAAUGGUACCUGGGGGACAGUGUGUGAUGAUCACUGGGACCUAGCUGGAGCCCGUGUGGUGUGCAGGCAACUAGGCUGUGGGAUGGCACUCUUGGCCUUUGGUGGUGCUCGAUACGGGCGAGGAGCAGGCCCCAUCUGGCUGGACAAUGUGCACUGUGUGGGGACAGAAGUCACUCUUUCUGAAUGUGAGGCCCAGCCCUGGGGAGUCCACAAUUGUGGGCAUGGAGAAGACAUGAGCGUUGUGUGCUCAGGGGCACCCAAUCCAGAUGCAAUCCUGAUCAGGCUGGUGAAUGGCUCAGACCUCUGCUCUGGUAGAGUCGAAGUCUUUCAUGAUCAAGAGUGGGGCACCGUGUGUGAUGACAGCUGGAACCUGGAGGAUGCUGAGGUGGCAUGCAGAGAGCUGGGUUGUGGCCCAGCACUGUCAGCUCCAACCGGGGCUCACUUUGGGCAAGGCUCAGGCCCCAUCUGGCUGGAUGAAGUCAGCUGUGCUGGGACGGAGGCUGCCCUUUCUCUGUGCCGGGCCAGAUUCUGGGGAAGUCAUAACUGCAACCAUGGAGAAGAUGCUAGUGUUGAAUGCUCAGAACCAACUCAGCUCCGGUUGGUGAAUGGCUCUAGCCGCUGCUCAGGGAGAGUUGAGGUUCACCACAACCAGCAGUGGGGAACUGUGUGUGAUGACAAUUGGGGCUUAAAUGAUGCAGAAGUGGUUUGCAGGCAACUGGGCUGUGGGAUGGCCAUAUCAGCCCCUGGCAAGGCUCAGUUUGGGCAAGGACAUGAUCCUAUCUGGCUGGAUGAGGUGAACUGCACAGGGACAGAAGGUACCAUCACUGAAUGCGGUUUGAUGUCCUGGGGAGCCCAUAACUGUGGCCAUGGAGAAGAUGCUGGUGUUGUGUGCUCAGAGCCCACAGAGUUGCGGCUGGUGAACGGCCCGAAUCGGUGUGCUGGGCGAGUUGAGGUGCUUCACCACCAGCAGUGGGGAACCGUGUGUGAUAAUGACUGGGACUUGGAAGAUGCUAAAGUGGUAUGCCGGCAGCUGGGCUGUGGUGCUCCAAUAUCUGCUCCAGGCUGGGCUAGAUUUGGCAGAGGCUAUGAUCCCAUCUGGCUGGAGAAAGUGAGCUGCUCUGGGACAGAGUCUGCCCUUACCGAGUGCAGAGCCAAACCAUGGGGAGUACAUGGCUGUCAUCAUGGGGAAGAUGCCAGUGUGGUAUGCUCAGACCCAAUGGCACUUCGGCUGGUGAAUGGCCCAAGUCCCUGUGCAGGGAGAGUCGAAGUGCUUCAUCAGCACAAGUGGGGGACAGUGUGUGACGAUGAGUGGGGAGUCAGUGACGCAGAAGUGGUGUGUCGGCAGCUGGGCUGUGGGAUGGCAGUCUCAGCCCCUGGCUUGGCUCGCUUUGGGCGGGGACGUGACAACAUCUGGCUGGAUGAGGUGAACUGCACAGGGACAGAAGCUGCCCUCUCCGAAUGUGGAGCCAAGCCUAAAGGAGUCCAUAAUUGCCACCAUGGAGAAGAUGCUGGUGUGGUGUGCUCAGGAACAGCCGAGCCGGCUCGCCUGCGCCUGGUAAAUGGCCCCAGUGGCUGUGCUGGGCGAGUGGAGGUGCAGCACGGCCAGGAGUGGGGCACGGUGUGCGACGACCUCUGGAACCUGGACAACGCUGCGGUGGUGUGCCGGCAGCUGGGCUGCGGGGAGGCCACAUCCGCCCCCGGCUCGGCGCACUUUGGGCCAGGCACCGGGCGCAUCUGGCUGGAUAACGUCAACUGCACGGGGAGCGAGAAUGCCCUGUCCGCGUGCAGGGCCGGGCCCUGGGGAGAGCAUAACUGCAACCAUGGCGAAGAUGCCGGCGUGGUGUGCUUGGAGCCGUCUGUGCUCCGCCUGGUCAACGGCUCCGGGCGCUGCUCGGGGAGAGUGGAGGUGCUGCACGAGGAGCGCUGGGGCAGCGUCUGCGAUGACAGCUGGGGUCUCGAGGAGGCGCGAGUGGUGUGCCGGCAGCUGGGCUGCGGGACAGCGCUGUCCGCCCCCGGCUCGGCGCACUUUGGGCGAGCAUCGGGACAAAUCUGGCUGGAUGACGUGAACUGCGUGGGCACGGAGGACGCCCUGUCCACGUGUGAAGCCAAGCCCUGGGGAGAGCAUAACUGCAACCACGGAGAAGACGCUGGUGUGGUGUGCUCAGGAACAGCCGAGCCGGCUCGCCUGCGCCUGGUAAAUGGCCCCAGUGGCUGUGCUGGGCGAGUGGAGGUGCAGCACGGCCAGGAGUGGGGCACGGUGUGCGACGACCUCUGGAACCUGGACAACGCUGCGGUGGUGUGCCGGCAGCUGGGCUGCGGGGAGGCCACAUCCGCCCCCGGCUCGGCGCACUUUGGGCCAGGCACUGGGCGCAUCUGGCUGGAUAACGUCAACUGCACGGGGAGCGAGAAUGCCCUGUCCGCGUGCAGGGCCGGGCCCUGGGGAGAGCAUAACUGCAACCACGGAGAAGACGCUGGUGUGGUGUGCUCAGGAACAGCCGAGCCGGCUCGCCUGCGCCUGAUAAAUGGCCCCAGUGGCUGUGCUGGGCGAGUGGAGGUGCAGCACGGCCAGGAGUGGGGCACGGUGUGCGACGACCUCUGGAACCUGGACAACGCUGCGGUGGUGUGCCGGCAGCUGGGCUGCGGGGAGGCCACAUCCGCCCCCGGCUCGGCGCACUUUGGGCCAGGCACUGGGCGCAUCUGGCUGGACAACGUCAACUGCACGGGGAGCGAGAAUGCCCUGUCCGCGUGCAGGGCCGGGCCCUGGGGAGAGCAUAACUGCAACCAUGGCGAAGAUGCUGGCGUGGUGUGCUUGGAGCCGUCUGUGCUCCGCCUGGUCAACGGCUCCGGGCGCUGCUCGGGGAGAGUGGAGGUGCUGCACGAGGAGCGCUGGGGCAGCGUCUGCGAUGACAGCUGGGGUCUCGAGGAGGCGCGAGUGGUGUGCCGGCAGCUGGGCUGCGGGACAGCGCUGUCCGCCCCCGGCUCGGCGCACUUUGGGCGAGCAUCGGGACAAAUCUGGCUGGAUGACGUGAACUGCGUGGGCACGGAGGACGCCCUGUCCACGUGUGAAGCCAAGCCCUGGGGAGAGCAUAACUGCAACCACGGAGAAGACGCUGGUGUGGUGUGCUCAGGAACAGCCGAGCCGGCUCGCCUGCGCCUGGUAAAUGGCCCCAGUGGCUGUGCUGGGCGAGUGGAGGUGCAGCACGGCCAGGAGUGGGGCACGGUGUGCGACGACCUCUGGAACCUGGACAACGCUGCGGUGGUGUGCCGGCAGCUGGGCUGCGGGGAGGCCACAUCCGCCCCCGGCUCGGCGCACUUUGGGCCAGGCACUGGGCGCAUCUGGCUGGACAACGUCAACUGCACGGGGAGCGAGAAUGCCCUGUCCGCGUGCAGGGCCGGGCCCUGGGGAGAGCAUAACUGCAACCAUGGCGAAGAUGCCGGCGUGGUGUGCUUGGAGCCGUCUGUGCUCCGCCUGGUCAACGGCUCCGGGCGCUGCUCGGGGAGAGUGGAGGUGCUGCACGAGGAGCGCUGGGGCAGCGUCUGCGAUGACAGCUGGGGUCUCGAGGAGGCGCGAGUGGUGUGCCGGCAGCUGGGCUGCGGGACAGCGCUGUCCGCCCCCGGCUCGGCGCACUUUGGGCGAGCAUCGGGACAAAUCUGGCUGGAUGACGUGAACUGCGUGGGCACGGAGGACGCCCUGUCCACGUGUGAAGCCAAGCCCUGGGGAGAGCAUAACUGCAACCACGGAGAAGACGCUGGUGUGGUGUGCUCAGGAACAGCCGAGCCGGCUCGCCUGCGCCUGGUAAAUGGCCCCAGUGGCUGUGCUGGGCGAGUGGAGGUGCAGCACGGCCAGGAGUGGGGCACGGUGUGCGACGACCUCUGGAACCUGGACAACGCUGCGGUGGUGUGCCGGCAGCUGGGCUGCGGGGAGGCCACAUCCGCCCCCGGCUCGGCGCACUUUGGGCCAGGCACUGGGCGCAUCUGGCUGGACAACGUCAACUGCACGGGGAGCGAGAAUGUCCUGUCCGCGUGCAGGGCCGGGCCCUGGGGAGAGCAUAACUGCAACCAUGGCGAAGAUGCCGGCGUGGUGUGCUUGGAGCCGUCUGUGCUCCGCCUGGUCAACGGCUCCGGGCGCUGCUCGGGGAGAGUGGAGGUGCUGCACGAGGAGCGCUGGGGCAGCGUCUGCGAUGACAGCUGGGGUCUCGAGGAGGCGCGAGUGGUGUGCCGGCAGCUGGGCUGCGGGACAGCGCUGUCCGCCCCCGGCUCGGCGCACUUUGGGCGAGCAUCGGGACAAAUCUGGCUGGAUGACGUGAACUGCGUGGGCACGGAGGACGCCCUGUCCACGUGUGAAGCCAAGCCCUGGGGAGAGCAUAACUGCAACCACGGAGAAGACGCUGGUGUGGUGUGCUCAGGAACAGCCGAGCCGGCUCGCCUGCGCCUGGUAAAUGGCCCCAGUGGCUGUGCUGGGCGAGUGGAGGUGCAGCACGGCCAGGAGUGGGGCACGGUGUGCGACGACCUCUGGAACCUGGACAACGCUGCGGUGGUGUGCCGGCAGCUGGGCUGCGGGGAGGCCACAUCCGCCCCCGGCUCGGCGCACUUUGGGCCAGGCACUGGGCGCAUCUGGCUGGACAACGUCAACUGCACGGGGAGCGAGAAUGCCCUGUCCGCGUGCAGGGCCGGGCCCUGGGGAGAGCAUAACUGCAACCAUGGCGAAGAUGCCGGCGUGGUGUGCUUGGAGCCGUCUGUGCUCCGCCUGGUCAACGGCUCCGGGCGCUGCUCGGGGAGAGUGGAGGUGCUGCACGAGGAGCGCUGGGGCAGCGUCUGCGAUGACAGCUGGGGUCUCGAGGAGGCGCGAGUGGUGUGCCGGCAGCUGGGCUGCGGGACAGCGCUGUCCGCCCCCGGCUCGGCGCACUUUGGGCGAGCAUCGGGACAAAUCUGGCUGGAUGACGUGAACUGCGUGGGCACGGAGGACGCCCUGUCCACGUGUGAAGCCAAGCCCUGGGGAGAGCAUAACUGCAACCACGGAGAAGACGCUGGUGUGGUGUGCUCAGGAACAGCCGAGCCGGCUCGCCUGCGCCUGGUAAAUGGCCCCAGUGGCUGUGCUGGGCGAGUGGAGGUGCAGCACGGCCAGGAGUGGGGCACGGUGUGCGACGACCUCUGGAACCUGGACAACGCUGCGGUGGUGUGCCGGCAGCUGGGCUGCGGGGAGGCCACAUCCGCCCCCGGCUCGGCGCACUUUGGGCCAGGCACUGGGCGCAUCUGGCUGGACAACGUCAACUGCACGGGGAGCGAGAAUGCCCUGUCCGCGUGCAGGGCCGGGCCCUGGGGAGAGCAUAACUGCAACCACGGAGAAGACGCUGGUGUGGUGUGCUCAGGAACAGCCGAGCCGGCUCGCCUGCGCCUGGUAAAUGGCCCCAGUGGCUGUGCUGGGCGAGUGGAGGUGCAGCACGGCCAGGAGUGGGGCACGGUGUGCGACGACCUCUGGAACCUGGACAACGCUGCGGUGGUGUGCCGGCAGCUGGGCUGCGGGGAGGCCACAUCCGCCCCCGGCUCGGCGCACUUUGGGCCAGGCACUGGGCGCAUCUGGCUGGAUAACGUCAACUGCACGGGGAGCGAGAAUGCCCUGUCCGCGUGCAGGGCCGGGCCCUGGGGAGAGCAUAACUGCAACCACGGAGAAGACGCUGGUGUGGUGUGCUCAGGAACAGCCGAGCCGGCUCGCCUGCGCCUGGUAAAUGGCCCCAGUGGCUGUGCUGGGCGAGUGGAGGUGCAGCACGGCCAGGAGUGGGGCACGGUGUGCGACGACCUCUGGAACCUGGACAACGCUGCGGUGGUGUGCCGGCAGCUGGGCUGCGGGGAGGCCACAUCCGCCCCCGGCUCGGCGCACUUUGGGCCAGGCACCGGGCGCAUCUGGCUGGAUAACGUCAACUGCACGGGGAGUGAGAAUGCCCUGUCCGCGUGCAGGGCCGGGCCCUGGGGAGAGCAUAACUGCAACCAUGGCGAAGAUGCCGGCGUGGUGUGCUUGGAGCCGUCUGUGCUCCGCCUGGUCAACGGCUCCGGGCGCUGCUCGGGGAGAGUGGAGGUGCUGCACGAGGAGCGCUGGGGCAGCGUCUGCGAUGACAGCUGGGGUCUCGAGGAGGCGCGAGUGGUGUGCCGGCAGCUGGGCUGCGGGACAGCGCUGUCCGCCCCCGGCUCGGCGCACUUUGGGCGAGCAUCGGGACAAAUCUGGCUGGAUGACGUGAACUGCGUGGGCACGGAGGACGCCCUGUCCACGUGUGAAGCCAAGCCCUGGGGAGAGCAUAACUGCAACCACGGAGAAGACGCUGGUGUGGUGUGCUCAGAGCCGAGCGAGGUGCGGCUGGUGAACGGCUCCGGGCGCUGCUUGGGGAGAGUGGAGGUGCUGCACGAGGAGCGCUGGGGCAGUGUCUGUGAUGAUGGCUGGGACCUGAUGGAUGCAGAGGUGGUGUGCCGGCAGCUGGGCUGCGGGACAGCACUGUCUGCGCCUGGCUCGGCUCACUUUGGCCAAGGGCACGAUCCCAUCUGGCUGGAUGGAGUGAGCUGCACCGGGACUGAAGGGGCCCUCUCCGAGUGCUCAGCCGGGCCCUGGGGUGUCCAUACUUGCAGUCACACUGAAGAUGCUGCUGUGGUGUGCUCAGAUCCCACUGAGGUGCGGCUGGUGAACGGCUCCAGGCGCUGCUCAGGAAGGGUGGAGGUGCUGCACGAGCAGCGCUGGGGCAGCGUCUGUGAUGACAGCUGGGACCUGCUGGAUGCAGAGGUGGUGUGCUGGCAGCUGGGUUGUGGGGCUGCACUGUCUGCCCCCGGCUCAGCUCACUUUGGGCAGGGAUAUGGUCCCUUCUGGCUGGACAGAGUUCACUGCACAGGGAGGGAAGCUGCCCUCUCCGAAUGCCGUGCCGAGUCUUGGGGAGCUCGCAACUGCAGCCGCGGGCAGGAAGCCAGCGUUGUGUGUGCAGAGCCACCUCCCCUCCGGCUGGUGAAUGGCUCCAGUCCCUGCGUGGGGAGAGUUGAGGUGCUGCACAACCAGACAUGGGGCAGCAUGUGUGCUGAGAGCUGGGACAUGCAGGAUGCAGAAGUGCUGUGCCGGGAGGUGGGCUGCGGGCUGGCACUCUCAGCUCCCAGCAAGGCUGACUUUGGACAAGGACAGGGUCCCAUCUGGCUGGUGAACAUCAGUUGCUCAGGGACAGAAGCCACGCUCUCUGAGUGUCUGGGCACGCCAUGGGAAGUCCAGCCAUGCCAUCAGAGAGACGCUGUCAGUGUCGAGUGCUCAGGCAUGGCCAUGAGCAGCUCCAGCAUCCCACUGCCAAUGCCUCUUCUGCUGUGCCUGGUGGCAUCACUAGCUCUCGCACUGCUGAUCGGGGCUGUCCUGCUCUUGAUGAAGAAAGGGCCACAGUCCAGGGUUUUUCUGCACUCAGCAGGUAAUGAGCUGGAACUGAAUUCCCUGGGAACUCUCUGGAUCCAGGGAGGUGGUUAUCUUCCAGCCAUAGCAGAAGUUGCUGAAGAUCCUGGCAAGGAAAUGGUCUGGCUGGUGACAACCAAGAGAAUAACACUGCCCCAGGAUAAACCUGAGGGAGGACAGGAGAAAAAUAGCAGCUUCCUCCCAAAUACUGCAUCGUGAGCAGAGCCUUGGUGAAGAUGUGGGCUGCAAGGUCACUUCCCUCUGUCUCUGCCUCUGGUGGUGUGUGCUGGGAGCAACAUGUGAAAAGAAGAACUUCAGGUCCCCGAUACUUUUAGUAUUUGGUAAACCUGUAAAAAUAAACUGGCACUUUGUGACAUGGUCAGAAGAGCUCUUACUGCCUUUAUAAUCCAAACGGGGAAAAAUCUUAGCUCCAGAUCGGAUCUCAGUGUUCUUGUUAGGGCUCAGAUGCCCUACACCUCCUCUCACCACCACAUUCCCCAGAUCUGUUCCUUGGGGAGGAGUGAGCUGCACUCUUAGGUGGUGCUGGUUCUGCUCAGUGUGGUGUGCAUGGGAACAGGAAACUGUAGUUCAGAUUUCACAGAUAUCUGGGUGUACUGACCUCGUGCACAAGAGGGGCAAAAGACUGAGAGAGUAGAGUCCGAAUGGAUGCAGCUCUUGGGGCUCUAAAAGCAGAGAGGGUUCUCGUAGGUGCAGAUGAGGGCAUCUGGAUG